UGAAAAAGAUGAUACAAAUGACGGCAUAUUCCAAUUCCAAUCAUGUUCAGAUCUCUCAUGCGAACUUUGUAAUCUAAAAUGCGCAGGAUGUAAUACAAAAUAUAAAUAUUGGGAUGAGUUUUGGAUCAAGUGUGGUUGGUGUAAAGAUAGACAUUUUUGUGGUGGAUGUGUUAUAGAUGCUUCCAAGAAGAAUGUUUUUAAAACUUAUGCAUUCCAAUUUAUGAGAAUAAAAUUAUGUCAAAUGUUUGAUUUACCUUGUCCUCAUUAG